UUUUUUUAACCUUUGACCUUUUGUAGGUCAGAUUAUGACGAACAGCUGAUCCGAGCAAAGCUAGCACUUGUCAGGGUCACGAAGAUUGUUCGCCAAGAUGCUGGGUUGUCGGCACCUGAGUAGACUGCUGAGCAGGACACAGCUGUUGCCGCACCUGACCAGGGCAAAGGCAACAGCUGCGGCACCUGACGCAAAGUCCUUCUUCUACCAGGACGUGUUUCAGCCUGAGAAACCCCUGGACACUCCCUAUAGGAAACUCACAGGUGACUAUGUGUCCACGUUUGAGGUCCAGGGUAAGACCUGUCUGAAGGUGGAGCCUGAGGCUCUGACCCUGCUGACCCAGGAGGCCAUGGUGGACAUCGCACAUCUGCUCCGCCCCGCACACUUGGCGCAACUGAGAAAGAUCCUUGACGACCCCGAGGCGUCCCCUAAUGACAAGUAUGUCGCCAUGGAGUUUCUAAAGAACGCAAAUAUCGCGGCUGCCAAGGUGCUGCCAGGAUGUCAGGAUACGGGCACCGCCAUUAUCAUGGGUAAGAAGGGCCAGUAUGUGUGGACAGAUGGAAAUGAUGAAGAACACCUGGCAAGAGGGGUCUACAACACUUACACACAGAAGAACCUUAGAUACUCACAGGUGGCACCCUUGGACAUGUUUAAAGAAGCCAACACGAAGACGAAUCUCCCGGCGCAGAUUGAGCUGUACGCCACGGGCUCCGACACCUACAACUUCAUGUUCAUUGCCAAGGGCGGGGGCUCGGCCAACAAGACCUUCCUGUACCAGCAGACAAAGGCUCUUCUUAACCCCGAAAAACUCACCAAGUUCAUCGAUGAAAAAAUCAAGACCCUAGGGACAGCUGCCUGCCCACCCUACCACCUGGCCAUCGUGGUGGGAGGACUGUCUGCUGAGAUGACACUCAAAACGGUCAAGCUGGCCUCCACAAAGUACCUGGACUCUCUGCCCACUUCAGGAAACGAGCAUGGAAGAGCGUUCCGGGAUGUAGAACUUGAGGAACAGGUGCACAAGCUGUCGCAGGUGAUGGGAAUGGGCGCGCAGUUCGGCGGGAAGUAUUUCUGUCACGACGUGCGGGUGGUGAGACUGCCUCGUCACGGAGCGUCCUGUCCGGUGGGAAUCGGUGUCUCAUGCUCCGCAGACAGACAGGCACUAGGAAAGAUCACAGCGGACGGCGUGUUUCUGGAACAGCUGGAGGAGGACCCCUCCAAGUACCUCCCAGAGAUCAAGACUGACCAGCUGAGCGGGGAGGUGGUGCAGAUCAACUUGAACCAGCCAAUGAGUGAGGUUCUGAAGAUCCUGAGCCAGUACCCGGUGAGAACGCGGCUGAGUCUGAGCGGCACCAUGGUCGUGGCUCGGGACAUCGCCCACGCCAAGAUCCAAGAGCUGCUGGACAGCGGGCAGCCCAUGCCACAGUACCUCAAGGACCACCCUGUGUACUACGCUGGACCUGCCAAGACACCAGAGGGUUACGCCUCCGGCUCGCUGGGCCCCACCACUGCCGGCAGGAUGGACAGUUACGUGGACUCGUUCCAGGAGCAGGGAGGGUCCAUGGUCAUGCUGGCCAAGGGCAACAGGAGUAAGCAGGUAACCAAGGCAUGUAAGAAGCAUGGCGGAUUCUACCUGGGGUCCAUCGGAGGCCCUGCUGCGGUGCUGGCCGAACACAGCAUCAAGAAACUGGAGGUUCUGGAGUACCCCGAGCUGGGCAUGGAGGCCGUCUGGAGGGUCGAAGUCGAGAACUUCCCGGCUUUCAUCGUUGUCGACAACAAGGGAAACGACUUCUUCAAAGAAUGGCAAACAGAGUGAAGAUGUUUGGAGAAACUACUGCAGUAUUAAUAGAAAGUUUAUUUGCAAAUUCUUGCCCGAGGGCUAAUUGCAACAUGGGAUAUACAGAAUACACAGUAAGCAUACAUAACAUAUAUAAGACUUUGGUAAUUCUAUUAGACUUCAAGACUUGACUUGACUUGACUUUAUUUUGAUCCACAAUUAGCUUCAGUUAGCUAUUCUCCCAGUGGUCCUCCACAUAAAAUACAUCAAUACAAUAUCACAUAACGGACAUGACAGAAAGAUAACAAAGAUAAUCACACUAAAAUUACAUCAGAUACAUCAUACAUAUGUGCAUUACAAGAAGAUCUGAUUGGGAUAACUUGUCAAAACUCUUUGUUAAAUUGAAACAAAUAUAAUUUUUGCAGCAUGACAUGUAUACGUUUGUCAAUGUGUUUGCCCGAUUUAUUUCUUAAUGUCUGUCAUAGGAAUAAGGCUUUUACUUCAAGAAGAUCACACUGGGCUAAAUUGUCAGAACUCUACGCUAAAUUGAAACAAGUACAAUUUUUCAUCAGCAUGACCUACACAAUGAAUUUGUUAGUCAAUGCGACUCUUGUAGAUGCCCAAAUUAUUUCUUAAUGUCUGUCAAAAUAUUAAGGUUUACAUUUUUGUGGGAGCUAUUGGCCCAAAUGCUAUGAAUGCUGUUUAUCAAUAAAGCCUGAAUAUGUUGUGA